CGAUGUAAACUGUACUAUUAGUAGCCGCUUGUCUCUCCUAUGUACUGAUAGAGAGGGUAGAGCUGAGGAUGAACGUGCGAGGGCGCCGGAGUCGCCGUGCCUCAUACCGGAUGGCAUGUCGAGAACAAGUGAUUGCGAAAGCAGCAUUUUGAAUCCAAAAAUCUCGGCGUCAGCUCAGACGUGCGCAAUCGAACGGCGGGCGUGCGAGGGGCCACCGCAGAAUGAUUCUUGUGGGCCACUGUGUCGCGGCCCGCGGCCCGCGCGCGUAGGACACGGCCAUCGCUGCGUUGUUGACGCUGCUCAAAAAUGUUGAAAAUUACGUGUACGUGGCAGCGCCGUGGCUCUGGUGCAUUCCGGCCUUUGUCCCACGCGACGACCAAGCACGAUCAUAAAUACGACGCUGUGGACAGCGUGACGACCGCCGCAGAAAGCGUUCGGUAGCACCGGUUGCAACGGCAGAAGACCAUGUCCAUAACACGUUGCCCGUCCGUUGACGCGCGAGUAGCACGCGGGCCGCCACGACCCGCCAACGCACCCGCUGAAGAUCCACUUUGCACGGUGUGAUUGGGUCGCUGCGCCGCCGUUGAUUGGCCAGCGCGUGCCUCUACGACGUGUCUG